AUGGAAGACGCGGCCUACCCCAACACACGCCGCGCGCAACCACUUCUCUCAAGGAAGAACUACUUUCUCGCAUACAACGGGGUCUGCCUUGUCCUAUGGAGUGUUAUCACCCUUCGAGCCAUCUUUCUCAUCCCUAUCCUUUUCAUUCACGACCAUCUCUAUGGACUCCACGAAGCGCUUCAUCCUCUGCUCGCAGCUACUCAAUCUAUCGCCGUCCUUGAAGUCCUCCACUCGCUUGUCGGCAUUGUGAGGGCCAGCCCCUUGACGACUGCAAUGCAAGUAGCGAGCCGUUUAUUGCUUGUCUGGGGUGUGGUGGGAGCUUUCCCCGAGAUCGUGGUCAGGAGCCGCGUGUUCGGAGCGAGGGUACAGCAUUAUCCAGGCACCAAAGGAGGUCCGUAUGCAUAUGCAGGGAUCUUGUUGGCUUGGGGCAUCACAGAGUGUAUUCGCUACGGGUUUUUUGUCUGGAAGGAAGACUUGGGCGAGGGGAGAGUGCCGAAAUGGUUGACUUGGCUGAGAUACAAUACUUUCUUUGUCUUGUAUCCUUUAGGCAUUUCGAGUGAGUGUUGGUUGAUAUACUGUGCUCUGGAGCCUGCAGCGGAGUCCAUGCCUGCCUACAACAUGGCUUUGAAAACUGUGCUUCUGAUCUAUGUACCCGGUAAGCAGCAGCCAUUGUUGGGCCAGACCAAAGGCGAUACUGAUAUCAUUUAG